CUGCUUAUAUAGACUGCAGCCGUGGCGGCGGGCUUGCGCUGAUGAGGCAGGCGGAGGACCGGGGACGCGCGUACACGGACACACUCCUCAAACAAAGAGAAGCACGCGAGGCACCGCAGCAUCCUACACUUUAACAGGCCAGCAGACAAAACUGCAAACAGAUUUUCCUCGCGGGCACAACCGGACCGAAGCCACCAUGACGACUAACGGCGCCGCCAACGGAACCAGCGACAUGCUGCAGAUCCAGUUCGGUCUCAUCAACUCCGGUAACAAAUACCUGACGGCCGAGACGUUCGGCUUCAAAAUCAACGCCUCGGCCUCGAGCAUGAAGAAGAAGCAGAUUUGGACGCUGGAGCACAGCGGCGAGAGUCCGAGCGGCAACGUGUUCCUCCUCAAGUCACAUCUGGGCCGCUACAUCGCCACCGACAAGGACGGCAACGUGACCGCCGACAGCGAGGUUCCGGGCCCCGAGUGCCGCUUCGUCAUCACGGCGCACGACGACGGCCGCUGGUCCUUGCAAUCGGAGGUCUUCGGCCGCUACCUGGGCGGAACCGAGGACCGCAUCAUUUGCUUCGCCCAGACCGCGUCCGUGGCGGAGAAAUGGAGCGUGCACAUCGCCAUGCACCCGCAGGUGAACGUCUUCAGCCUGACGCGCAAACGCUACGCGCACCUGAGCUCCAAGGUGGACGAGAUCGCCAUCGACAGGGACGUGCCGUGGGGCGUGGACUCCACCAUCACGCUGGUCUUCCGAGAGCAGCGCUACCACCUGCAGACCUCCGACAACCGCUUCCUGAGGAACGACGGCGCGCUGGUGGCCUCCACCGACAAGAACACCGGCUACACGCUGGAGUUUCGCUCCGGCAAGGUGGCGUUCAGGGACUGCGGAGGCAAGUACCUGGCGCCGUCCGGGCCCUCCGGCACCAUGAAGUCUGGCAAGAGUCUGCGCGUGGGCAAGGACGAGCUCUUCCAGCUGGAGCAGAGCCACCCGCAGGUGGUUCUCACUGCGGCCAACGAGAAGAACGUCUCCACCCGCCAAGGUAUGGACCUGUCAGCCAAUCAGGACGAGGAAGGUGACCAGGAAGUCUUCCAAGUGGAGAUCAGCCGCGAGAACAGGAAGUGCGCGUUCCGCACCGCUGCCGGCAAAUACUGGACCCUAACCGCCAACGGAGGCCUGCAGUGCACCGCCUCCACCAAGUCAACUAAUUGCUACUUUGACGUUGAGUGGCGUGGGAAGAGGCUGACUCUGCGAGCCGCCAACGGGAAAUACGUCGCCGCCAAGAAAAACGGACAGCUCGCAGCCACCAUGGACUCCGCCGGUGAGUCGGAGGAGUUUAUCAUGAAGCUGAUCAACCGUCCCAUCAUCGUACUGCGCGGCGAGCACGGCUUCAUCGGCUGCAGGAAGGUGACCGGGACCCUGGAUUCCAAUCGCUCGUCCUACGACUACUUCACGCUGGAGUUCCGAGAUGGAGCCUACAGCCUGCAAGACUCCACCGGCAAGUACUGGAUGGUCGGCAACGAGCAGGCGGUGGUGAGCAGCAGCGACGCGCCCGUCGACUUCCUCUUUGAGUUUUGCGACUACAACAAGCUCGCCGUCCGCCACGCCGGCGACGGCAAGUAUCUCCGCGGCGACCACGCCGGCGUGCUGAAGGCCAACGCCGACGACCUGGAGACGGCCACGCUGUGGGAGUAUUGAGGGUGUUGCAAGCUGGGGGGUUGGGGCUGUGGGGGGAGGGGGAGGGACGCAGUUGUCCCCAACGCGCCACCCGCCCUUCGCAAUGUCUACUACUCCCCUCCCCCGCCUCCCCUUUCCCCACGCCCGCCCGUCCUCGUAUAUGAUCUGGUCGUUAUCUGACUUUAUAUUUUGAACUGCACAGAGAGAAGAGGAAGAAUGGAAGAGGGAGGUUUCAUCUCUGCCUCCCCCCGUCCUUCCUUUCUCUCCCUCCCUUUCCCAGCUGCCAACCUCUGUAUGUUGCUAUAGUUACCACGGGGCUGUGCACUUUUUUUUUCCCGCUGGUUCGCUGCUCGUUCCCCUCCCCCUCCGCCCCCCCCUCCCUGAAUCAUUGCUCACCCCUUCCUCGCCUUACCACCGACUGGUCUUCUUUCUACUCGUCUCUAUUGUAAAUUGAUGUUCCUCUACUUGAUGCCCCCUGCCCCGCAAAAAAAAAAAAAAAAAAGAUUCUGCUUCUAAGGUGCGGGGUCUAUAUAUCUGGCUCGAGUAGAAACAGAUUUUUUUUUUCUAUCAAAACCAGAAUGUGUGUGUGGGUGUGUGUGUGUGUGUGUUUCCUGGGUCUCUUGAUUGAGUGUAAGGCCUUCACCCGAACAUGAAAUGGUUCCCUUGUAAACUCGCUUCCUGUGUUGUCCUCUAGCUGUCUUUCUAUUGGUCGAUGGGGAGUCUUGAUUGUUCGGGACCAAACAGGAUGUAGGAAGUCAACGUAUAGCCCUCUCCCUAUUGUCCCCAGAACAGUUGGGG